UCGGCUGAGGACGCCGGGGGCGGGGCCGCCCGGGCAAGAAGGGGUAGCGCGCGGCGCUGCUACCUUAGUCGCUGCUACUACCAGGCGCCAGGCGGUGUCCGCCGCCUCCGGUCAGCGCGCAGACCUCUGCCUCUAGAGGACCUCUGCCGCCGGGCUCGGUCCCCUGGGGUCGUCGCCCGGGCCGCCCUCCGUUCCUGGCCCCGAGGGACCCAGCCGUCCGCCUCUCGGGGGAGGCCAGCAUGAGCCGAGGUGUCCGUUGGGCUGGCGCCGUGCAGGGGACGGCGGCUGCAGUGCAGCUGCUAAUCACCCUAAGCUUCCUCCGGAGCGUCGUCCAGGCCCAGGUGGCUGGAGUUCUGGAUGAUUGCUUGUGUGAUAUUGACAGUAUUGAUAACUUCAACAACUAUAAGAUCUUCCCCAAAAUAAAAAAAUUGCAAGAGCGAGACUACUUCCGUUAUUACAAGGUUAAUCUGAAGCGACCGUGUCCUUUCUGGGCAGAAGAUGGACAUUGUUCAAUAAAAGACUGCCACGUGGAGCCCUGUCCAGAGAGUAAAAUUCCAGUUGGAAUUAAAGCCGGGCAUUCUAAUAAGUACUUGAAAGUGGCAAAUAAUACCGAAGAAUUAGAAGACUGUGAACAAGCUAAUAAGCUGGGAGCAGUUAACAGCACAUUAAGUAAUCAAAGCAAAGAAGCGUUCAUUGACUGGGCAAGAUAUGAUGAUUCACAGGAUCACUUUUGUGAACUUGAUGAUGAGAGAUCUCCUGCUGCCCAGUAUGUUGACCUGUUGUUGAACCCGGAGCGGUACACUGGCUACAAGGGGCCCUCUGCAUGGAGAGUGUGGAACAGCAUCUAUGAAGAAAACUGUUUCAAGCCUCGGUCUGUUUAUCGCCCUUUAAAUCCUCUGGCACCCAGCCGAGGUGAAGAUGAUGGAGAAUCAUUCUAUACAUGGCUAGAAGGUUUGUGUCUGGAGAAGAGAGUCUUCUAUAAGCUUAUAUCAGGACUUCAUGCCAGUAUCAAUUUACAUCUGUGUGUGAAUUAUCUUCUGGAAGAAACCUGGGGUAAACCUAGUUGGGGACCUAAUAUCAAAGAAUUUAAACGCCGCUUUGACCCUGUAGAAACCAAGGGAGAAGGUCCUAGAAGACUGAAAAAUCUGUACUUUUUAUAUUUGAUUGAGCUGCGAGCUUUGUCAAAGGUGGCCCCCUACUUUGAACGCUCCAUUGUCGAUCUUUACACUGGAAACACAGAAGAAGAUGCUGACACCAAAACCCUUCUACUGAGUAUCUUUCAAGAUACAAAGUCCUUCCCCAUGCACUUUGAUGAGAAAUCCAUGUUUGCAGGUGACACAAAGGGGGCCAAAUCAUUAAAGGAGGAAUUCCGGUUACAUUUCAAAAAUAUCUCCCAUAUUAUGGACUGUGUUGGAUGUGACAAGUGCAGAUUAUGGGGGAAGUUACAAACUCAGGGUUUAGGAACUGCCUUGAAGAUACUAUUCUCUGAAAAAGAAAUCCAAAAGCUUCCAGAGAACAGUCCUUCUAAAGGCUUCCAACUCACUCGGCAGGAAAUAGUUGCUCUUUUAAAUGCUUUUGGAAGGCUUUCUACAAGUAUAAGGGAGUUACAGAACUUUAAAGUCUUACUACAGCACAGCAGGUAAUGAAGGCUUUUAUAUGUCUAGAGACAAAAUGACUGUGUGAAGCCUUUUAGUUUUGGACAGUAAGCAAAAAGACUAAGACUUCAAGAAUUCUGAACUCUUAAAAGAAAACAUUCAAAUGCUCACUUGAAUAUUUAUGAUCCUAAGUAGAUUAGAACUAUUUAUAAAUGAAGUAUGUACUUUAAAACAUGUAAGUUAUACUAAUUCUGUUUAUGUUUCUGUUGAACAUUCUAUGUUUCAAACUGGUUUUGUCCUUAUUGUUGUUCUUUCAUUUCCUCUUGUUGAACUUUAAUGACUAUCUCUCUUAUAAUAAUAGUUACCACCUAUUGUGGAAAAGGAGAACGAGAGAACCAGUGUUGCUCAGGGCUGCUAUCGGUGGUGAAUUUUAUCAAUGAUUUAAUGUGUUUUUAGCCUUGUCCAGCACUACAGCUGACAUCAAUAAUAUGGAGCCAUCAGUGCAGUGAUUGGUCUUUUCGGUGGGUGGUUUCAGAGGUUCCUUAAGAUUCCCCAGGAUUUCAGCUUCAAUUUCAUUGGUUGUAUUUGAGGUGUUUAGUUCUGGUUGCUGCUUUGUUUUGGGUCUGAAGGACCUGUGGUGGUAAAGGUGGAUAGAUGAGUGCUCUUCCCAUGCUCAGCCAGGCAGAUGUGCGCUACUGGGCUGGUGUUUUUUAUUUAGAACCUACAGAUCACUUCUUCGAACUUUGCCUUUCUCUCCUAAUUUUAGACAUGUCCAGUUACUUUAAAAAGAAAAGCCCUCCAUAUUUAUAUAAUUAGUUGUUGAUGAAAUUUGAGUCGGAUUCUAUGAAUUUGUAAUGCCAAUUAAAACUAUACAAAAUUUGCUUUUUUUAAAGGAUUUAAUUUUGAAUACAACCUGUGCAACCCUCUUAACUCCCCAUCUAAUUUUCUCUAGUGAGGUAUUUCAGCAGGGAGAUUAAGUUAGCCAUCUUCUCAGCUUCCUGUCCUCUCCCUCCUCUUUCCAUCUUUAGUUCAUUUUGCAUCCAUGGUACUUUGUGUGACCUGGACCAAUGGAGGACUCAUAAGUCCUAGACUAUCACUUUGUAAACCUGAGAUUUAAACUCUCCAAACAAUAUUUAAAAUCUUGAUUCUUUUAAAGGUGUCAGUAGACAUAAUGGGACUGAUUUGAAAGGUUGCAUCUGUGAAGUAAUGCUAGUAGUCUAGUUUCUCCUUAGACUCCUGUCUUUUCUGAAGUGCUCUUAAACCCACAUCUUAUUCUGCCAAAGUCUGAAAUGUGUUGACAGUUUUAUGACAUAUUUUAAAUUGUACUUAGUUGCCUUACCCCUUUUAAAAAUAUUUAGCUGUUCUGUGAAGGAUAUGAUUGGGGGAGUAAGGUCUCAUGUUUUCACCUAAUUACUAACUUUUACAAACCAGAAUUUGGUUGCAGUGAUGAUGUUUGUUAGACUGAAUAAUAAAGGCCAGCUUCCUCUACUUUUUCUUUGCUUUUUUUAGGGUUGUAAGCAUUACAUGGUGAGGGAAGGAGACCUUAAGGCAAAGAGCCUUAAAAGCAAUUAUCUGCUAAUCUUGCUAGUACAUGAAGAAUUCUUUUUAGUGUUCAUUUGGAGUUUUUAAAAAAAUGAACUUCAUUUUUUUAAAUGAACUUCAUUUGGAGUUUUUAAAAAGUGAGAAAUUAGGCACUUUGUGUGUUUUUACUGUAAAUUUAAAACUUUUCUGGUAGUGUUACUUCACUGUUCCUGUAGUUAAAGGUUAUUAUUUAAGCUCUAUUACUAAAGAAAAUCUCUGGUCAUUUUCAUUUAUUGCAAUUUGUUUCAAGCUUAGGAAAAAUAGUGUAUUACAGUGUGUUCUAGGAAAAAUUAGAUCUAGUUAGAGUAAGAAGUUCUCUUCAAAGUUUUAAUGAAUUUUUUUCACUAAGAAAUGAAGUAUUCUGAAGCUGAAAUUCAUCUGAUUAACUUUAUUUUACCAUAAGUUAGUUUGGGGAGGGGCUGCCUGUAUUUUGUGUUUGUUUGUAUUUCUAAUGUGUAAACUGUAGGAGCCUGUGUUUUGUGAGCCUGGUGAUGUUUUAGGUCCUUGUACCGUGAACUGUCUUCCAGUUCAUGUACCCAUUGCUGCGAGGCGAUAGUGGAGCAGUUUACAUUGUGAACAUGCCCGGCUAGUGAGUACCUCUUGGUCUUUUGUUUGUAUCUUCUCACCUACUUUAAAAUCUAUCACUUCACCAUGUAACUGACAGAAAUGAUUGUAACUGCCGAAGAAGUAACAAACAUGAAGAAAAGGAAACAUUCUUUCCUUCAAUGGCAUGUAACAUUUUUGUAAGUGGAAUCUAAAUUAGACAAACUGUAUAUGGGUAAAUUUUCAGUGUUCCUCUUGUUUUGAUUCUUGGGUUACAAGGAAGAUCAGAAUAGUAAUAGAUUUUACUUCUUAAAAAUUUGUCAUAUGUUUUGACAUUGAACAUUUGAAUUAGUUGAUUUUGUAAUCUCAUUAUGUGUAUGAAACACUGUGCCACUUUUCAACUUUGCCUAGGUGCCAUUGUAUAUAAGACAGGACAGCUAUUUUGGUCUUCAUCAGCAUUGUCUUCAGCUGGACACUUGAGCACAGUUCACAGCCUCGCAGCAGUUUAGAAACUCUAGUACCUGCAGAAACCAUAGCUGUUCACCAAAAGACAAGUUAGGUGCAUCAAAGCCCAACACAUAUAUCCAUAUUCUAUUUCAGUAACAUCAGCUUUGAUUUUGUGAACAGAAUUCCAAGUAAUUUGCUGCUGUACCACUGGACUCCAGAAAAUGUGAAUUAAAGUACAACAUGUUUCUGCAA